UUUCCAAGAGCAAACAUUAUAAAUGCUGGUGCAAUCAGACGAUAGCCAUUCCUCUCUAAAGUCAAUCUUUUGCUCUGCCCACCUUUACUUUGUCACACACCCCCUCUCCUUCUCACUUUAGCUCACCUCUAGCUCUCCCUUUCAGCACUCUUACCUUCUCUCACUUACUCUCUUUCCAUCCUCCGGAUCCCUGCUGCCGUCAGAGUACCUUCUUGCUUCCAGACGCUUCAAGACAGCAGGAGGCAAGAGAAGCACUAAACUGACAAACAACUGGGUCAUCAUGCAGGUUAUAAGAAUCCAGUUAGUGGUGUUUAUACAAUUUUUUGCUAUCUUUAUAGUAGGUACAGAAAGCCAGUGUCCUAGUCCAUGUCACUGUCACGGUGACCUACAGCAUGUUAUCUGUGACAAUGUCGGCCUGAAGAAGAUCCCUCGCAUCACUGAGGCCACUCGCCUCGUCAACCUGCAGCACAACAACCUGGGUAUGCUCCCAACUGGGGGCUUCAGCGAAAUGAAGGGUCUCGUCUCCCUGCACCUACAGCACUGCCAGAUCCGUGAGAUUGCCACUCAGGCCUUCAAGGGCCUCAAAAAGCUCAUUUACCUUUACCUUUCGAACAACGAAAUCAGCAGCAUAAAACCUGGAGCCUUUGAGGACCUAACUGAGCUCACCUACCUUUACCUGGAUGGGAACCAAAUCUCAAGUCUUUCAAAAGGCAUCUUCUCCCCUAUGAUCAACCUAUUUACCCUACAGCUUGAUAACAACAAGAUCCGAGACCUGCAAACAGGUACCUUUGUUGGCGCUAAGGACCUUCGCUGGCUGCAUAUCAGUAACAAUGAGCUAAGGUCAAUGCAGCCUGGCUCUCUUGAUGAAGUGGAGAACCUGGCCACUCUCACUCUGGACCAAAACAAGCUGUCUUUAUACCCUAUCGAGGCCAUGAGCAAGCUACGUGUUGUUGAGGAGCUUAAUUUGUCCAAGAACCCACUCACCUUCAUUCCUGACUAUGCAUUCAGGAGCUUUGGACGCUAUAUAGAGAAACUGUAUCUUAAUGAUAUGGGCCUGGAGAAGUUUUCCAACGCAGCUUUUGAGGGUGUGACAGCUCUAAGAUCUUUGCAUCUUGAGAACAACAAGCUGAGGAUCCUACCAAGCAACCUGGUUUUUACCAACAUGCAGAAUCUCACCCUGUUCAACAACCCAUGGAGCUGCACCUGCAAUCUAGCCAACCUUAGAAAAUGGAUGGACUCCAGUCGUCAUCGUCCUGAUGCAAUUUGUGCAUCACCUCCAAGUCAGAAAGGGAAGCAAAUCAGAGACAGCACUGCCUUUAGCAAGUGCAAAAUAAAGAAAGACAAGAAGGGAUCACAUCAGUGAAAAGGAGACUCAGAGGAAAUGUCUGUCCAGGGGACUGGCCUCGUGUCCAAACAACAGACACAAAGCUACUUUCUACUUCAGGACUGUUCAUUUUUUUCAAGUUCUAUAAAAUGGCAUGCAUAUGAACAUUCAAUUUAUAACAAAUAAAAUGACAAGCAAAAGUAUGUGUUUGUCAGGAAAACAGACUAAUUCUACACUACACUUUAGAGACACAGAGAGCUAUACACAUGCUGUGACCCUACUCUAAACACUGAGGAUUGUAGAUGUAGCUGUAGUAACAUUUAUAAUGUCAAAAUAACAGAGCUGGAAUUUCUUAAUCCCCAUGAGGC